AUAUAAUGUUUGAGUUGCUGUCGUGGACUUUCUUAUGUUAUGAUGUGGUUGCCUUAUAUUGUUGUAACUGUAAUGAUUAUGCUUUUUCUGUAUUGUUAUAAGUGAUGAUUGUUUAGUUAGGCUGUUAUCUAGGCGGUUAGCUGGUUGUUGCAAUCUGCAACAACUAUCUGUUAUACUCAGCUGUACCUUCCCUCUUGUAUUGAUUCAUUUUUCAUUCAGUAAAAUUUCAGCAAGGUUUCUUUCUUCUCCUCGCAUUUCCUUUCGUGCACCUUGAAGCUCUUGCUUCAUGGUAUCAGAGCCAUAGACAUACGUCAAUGGCUUCUAAUCCAGACUUCAGUUCCUCCUCUUCUCUACCUUGUUCCUCUUCUUCCUUAUGAUCAGCUUCACAAUUCGAUUUUGCGGCUGUGGCGAAAGCCUUCAAUUAUAUCCCUAUCAAGCUGGACUCUAGCCACUAUAUCUUCUGGAAGGCUCAGAUCUUGGCAACAAUCAGAGCAUUCGAUCUUCUUCCAUUCCUCAACAAAUCUUCACCUUUGAUGAAGCAUGUCUCAGAUUCGGCAAUCGGUGAGUCGGAUUCUUCUGUUGUUAAACCCGAGUACUUGAAUUGGAUAAGAUGCAAUCAGAUGUUACUCGGAUGGCUCUUCUCUACAAUAGACAAAGAGGUACUCGCACGAGUGAUUCAUUGUGAAUCAUCUGUGGAGGUACUGAUCCUGAGUGUGGUAGCUUGGGGAAGAAAGAAACAGGUCUCAGAAGACUUCUAUGAAAUUUUUGUGUUGCUGAUAACUUUAGAUAGUUGAUGGCGCUUAAUCCAAGAGUUAGUAAGGCCUUCAAUGCAAUGAAGGUCUUGGGAAUUCCUAAAGAAACCAUAAAACCAGUGCUCAAGAACCUUUUGAAAUUGUAUGAUAAUAAUUGGGAGCUCAUAGAAGAUGAUAACUACCGAACUCUUGCUGAUGCUAUAUUUGAGUCUGCAGAUGAAAAGAAAUGGGCAGAUGAGCAAAAAGAUGGCAUGGAGAAUGAUGGUUCAGAACCUCCUCUGAAAAAGCUGCGCCUAGAACAGCUAAAAGAUCAGGUUUCACCUAGGAUAUUGAAUAAUGUGAACACCAUCUUGGAUUUGGAAGACGGUGAAGAAAAACAGACUUCAAGGUUCCCAAAACUGAUGGAAUCAUCUCAAUCUUGUAUAAAACAUAGGAAAACUGAAUCAAAUUCUCAUUGUCUUCCAAUGGUUUUAAGUAACAAAGGGAAGGACCCCAUUUCCUCAGACGUGGCUGUCAAAGUUACAAAAUCAUCUUCCCAGAGGGCAUCAACUGCUGGACACUCUAACCAGUUAAAGGGUGGAACUAGUUUGGACGAUAUGUUGAAUGAGACUGCGAAUAAAGAUUGUUAUGGUCAAAAUUUUGUGGUUCCUAAAAGAAAGCGACCUGUUACUGAUGGGCCACAUUUGGCAUUAUCGACUUCUGUAGUCUGCUCAGCACUUCCAGGUACCCUGGAGGGUUCUUCUACUGGAAAUAGUUCUGCAGAUUUAGCAUCUCCGUUUGUCACCAAAGAAGAUAUUACUUCAGCUUGCAUUUCUGGAGCAAUCUCCCCAAGUAACUUGGAGAUUGCAUCAUCACCUUCUGGAGAGGUUAAAAUAUUUUUGGUUUGUAACUCUGCCCGUGGACCACCCAACUUUCACGCACCAAAAUUAGAUGCAGUUCUGAAAUGUGUGGAAAAUAAAUAUCUAGAAUCAUGCAAAAUAGUUGGAUCUCAAUUAUCAGUGACAAAGUUGUUGAAAGACUUGUGCCAAAGUUAUUUGGAGCUAGGUACCAAUUCAACUGACGCAUCUUUUAUAAAAUCUGCACCUGUGGAUUAUCUUCCUUGCAUUAUGGGAACCAGCAGGGAAACCCCUGGAGUCAGUAAUUCUGGAAUAGAUUUGAUUACAAAACAAGGAAGCCAUUCAGAAUCUUCCAGUUUAUGUAGAUUGGCGGUGUCUCAGCAACAGACUAAUAAUAGUAAUAAAAAAAGGUGCUUUCGCAAGAUAAAGGACAUAACAAAAGGUACAGAAAGAGUGAGGAUUUCAUUGCUUGAUGAAAUUGGCAGUGAGCAGUUGCCAAAUUUUAUUUAUGUGCCUGAGAAUAUAGUUUACCAGAAUGCCUAUAUCCAUUUCUCAUUGGCUAGGAUUGCGGAUGACAAUUGCUGUUCAAGUUGUUCAGAGGAUUGUCUUUCAACAUCCGUACCUUGUGAAUGUGCUCGUGAUACUAGGGGAGAAUUUGCUUACACCCCCCAAGGCCUGCUGAGGGAAGAAUUUCUUAGUGAUUGUAUUUCUAUGAAUCAAGAACCUCAAAACCACUAUCAUGUUUAUUGCACUGAUUGUCCAUUAGAAAGGGCUAAGAAUGGGAAUAGGCCUCGGCCAUGCAAGGGUCAUCUGGUGAGGAAGUUCAUCAAAGAAUGCUGGAGGAAAUGUGGGUGUAACAUGCACUGUGGAAAUAGAGUUGUGCAGAGAGGUAUUACCUGCAAGUUGCAGGUGUUCCAGACGGAUGAGGGUAAAGGUUGGGGGGUACGCACACUCCAGGACCUUCCCAAAGGUUCUUUUGUAUGUGAAUAUGUCGGGGAAAUUCUGACAAACAUGGAAUUAUUUGAGAGGAAUGAGCAAAGCAGUGGCAAUGAGAGACAUACAUAUCCGGUGCUACUUGAUGCUGAUUGGGGUUCAGAAGGAGUUCUAAAGGACGAAGAGGCACUUUGCUUGGAUGCAACCUCAAUUGGGAAUGUUGCAAGGUUCAUAAAUCAUAGAUGCUUUGAUGCAAACUUGCUUGAUGUCCCAGUUGAGGUGGAGACCCCUGAUCACCAUUAUUACCAUCUUGCAUUUUUCACUACAAGAAAAGUGGAAGCUUUUGAAGAACUGACAUGGGAUUAUGGGAUUGAUUUCAAUGAUCAUAGUCACCCUAUUAAGGCAUUUCAAUGCUGCUGUGGUAGUGCUUUUUGUCGAGAUACAAGAGGAAAAGGUAAAAAGUCAAGUGUCUCUGAAGUAGCAGCAACUAGUCGGAUGGUGAAGCCAUCAGCAGGUUGUGUCUCUAAAUGCCAAGAAUCAUGAAAAGGGCCAUCAAAGCUUCCUAAUGACCUAUAUUUGCUCUUCAGCUGCUCUGUUGUGUUGACGUUUCACAAGGCUUUCUUCUGGGACAUUGAAGUAUUGAACAGAAGGUUGAUGAAAUAUGACGACUCACCCUGCAAUUUUUAUGACAUAUGAUGUACUUUUGACAGAUCCAAUUAGCUGUCUCAGUUUGCCCAGUUUUUUUUUUUUUUUUGGCGUAAUAAGCUGGAUCUUACAGAACCAUUUUAUAUGCCUUUCGAUUUUAGUGGUUUACAUACGUAGUAGAUGACGUUAAGAAUAUCGCAGCUAAGACAGAUAAGGAACGGACUACUGUCAAUUAUUUUUUGUUAGAGAAUGCAGUGAAAUCUUGUGUCAACUUGUCACAAUUUGCAGAUAUUAUGAAUAGAAACAUAGUGAAGCUUAAA